AUGGAUCCAGCUUUCCUGGCGAGGGCCAUAGCCACGAUUCAAUCCAGUCGCCCACCUACACCUCCACCUCUUACACUGGACGACACUACCCGUGAAUUAUAUGAACGAGCCGUCGCUGAUCCAUCGUCAUUGAGCGAAGAGGAACGGAGGGGGAUUUUGCAAAAACCACACCGAGAAGAGGAGGACUCUCUUUGUCAUGAUAUCUGCGGAUUUACCAUGCCUGAGCUUGUGGCCAAGGCUGUUCAGUAUCCCAACUCGCUGUCUUACCUCGAAACAGAUCUAAUAGUCCGUGGCGUGUCAAAAGACAGAAAUAAGAAGAGAUUAGACGAGGCAAUGCGGCUGAUUCCCACUGACAAGGACUUGUGGCACAAAGCUUCAAAUGCUGCCACAACAGAGGACGAACAUGUUGCCAAAAAGGCCGCCUGGGCAAAGCGAAACGAACAGCACAACGCUCGCAAUGCUGCCAGUGAGAUUUUUGAUUCGUCGGAUUCAAUUAUCGUCAAGAACGUCCUGACAGGUGUGCCAUGGCAAGAUCACAUCAUGAGCUCGAGUGCUUCUACCAAGACAUUGGCACCCUGCGGCUUUGUGGUAUUCUACCCAAAAGAGCAAGCCAUUAAUUGGUCUACUUUCAAAGAGAAAAUGGAAAAGUCCGUAUCACUUGGCUUCCAUCGCUAUUUGUCACUGGUCAAGGAGCCCAUCAUGAGAGGGUUUAAGUUACACGAUGUACCACACAAUAGCUCUGAAUCACUAGUGAGUCACUUUGUUGCUAUGCGAGGUGCAAGAAAUAUUCCAGCAGGUUUGCGACAGGAUGUGUUUCUCUAUCUUGAUGACGAGGCGUUCCAGUCUCUAAAAUUGGACAAACCAUUUAUCUGGUUAUGGGAGCCACAGGAACAGUCGGUACUGCAGGAACAAUUGGGCACAGUCAAGGUAGAUAUAAAGCACAUAGCGCCACUGCUGUUGAUGCGAUUAACACAGCGAGACAUGUCGCUCGAGGGGCGCCAAUUGCUGAUGUGGCGCCGUGAACCAGAUCUUGAAGGGUUUCACGCAGCCGCGGCGAGUUCAACAAAUGAGAGUCUGGAGCAUGUUGGAAUCUGGCCUCCUCGCACGAUUCCCAUGUGA